UCUUGAGAAAGGAGGAGGGCGGCUCCCCCUCACGGAAGAGGUCGACCGCGACCGGCGGCGCCCACGGUCGAACCCAUGGCCGCGCCCGCGGCGGCCGGCUCCCUUCUGUUCCUUGGUGGAAAUGGGGUGUCGAGACCACCCUCUCAAAAGGAAGGGGCCUCCGACCCGCCGCAGUUCCGACCGAGGGCCGAUGGAGCCUGCAGUUGGAGCCGGGGGCUCCUCCCUCGUUCCCAUUGGGGUAGGGGAAGUGACCCACGGCCGUGGCCAUCGAUGCAGCCAUGGCAGCGGCCGAGCUCGCUGCGACCAAAGGAGGGGAGGAAGAGCCUCUGGCCGUCGACGGCUGCGGCUGAGUAUGCCAGAUCUACUUGCAUAAUACCAGGGAAGAAGAAGUCAGGGACUUACCUAGCUCUGGGACAACUCUAUGAUGUUCCCUCCGGCGGCUCAGAUCUCUACUCUUCCGUUCCUUGUAGCAGGAGAAAAAAGGAGUGAGGGGCAGUGAGAGGUGAGGAAUGAAACGUCCGUGAGAAGAGCCCCAGGUUCUUAUGGCACUCGG